GCCCAUUUUCAUAACAAUAACAAAGCACCAUGAAAGCUCGUGUACAAAAGAAUUGCAAGAUAAAAAUCUAUUUUUAGUGACUCAACCUAAAGCCAGGGGCGCCCAUUUAUCCUUAGCGUGGUAGUAAAAAAAUCGUUCGAUGUACGUUACAAUGAGAUUCCAUAUCUAGUCGAAACCUGCAAGCUUCCAAAAGGUAGAGACGCGAUGGCUGCAACGGAGCUGGUUUCCAUUUACUGUGACCUGAGCGAGGAAAGCAAACUGUCGAUUCAGCUUCCGGAAGGUUACGAACCUUCCUGCGGCGUAAAACUACGUGUCCUUGGCGAAACGCAUAUCCUGCUCGAUGCGAACGGUGUACUACUGCAAGGGGUGCAUCGCGCCACAGAAAAGUUGAUUGAAUUUCGCUGCCUCGAGCGGGACGUCACGGAUUUCGAUACCGAGGGCAAUUGGAUAUUUUGCCUCAAGUCGGACAGCGGAACGGUACACCGCAGCAAGAAUGGGUCGCUGGAAGAGUGGACCCAUCUUUUCCCGGACCGCGACGGGUUCGUUCGGGUGUGCUGCAAUAACAACGGUAUUCUUCUGCUCGCCGACGAUGGAAGGCUGUUUGUGCAGGGUGAUUUCGGAACAGUAUUUAACUGUGAUCAACUGACGGAGGUGCAUGAGGUGAAGCAGGACUGUGUUCAAGAACUGGCGGCUGGCAUCGAUUUUGCCAUCGUUUCACUGCAAAGACGCACCAAAGUAUACAGUUCCAUCAAGAGGGAUAUAUUGUUCGAUCAAUGUGUGUUUGAUGAGAAAAAUUUCGCCAUUUACGGUGACUGGCGCAACAUAUUCGAGCAUUUCAACAUCCAUCCAUAUCGUCGCCGGGAGUCGUACGAAGUGUCCGCUACGCUGGAGGAGCUGUCGAUCUAUGGUCAGAUGCUACACCAGACAGGAAUCGCUAGCUUCGGUAAGGUAAACAAAGGUCAACUGGGCACGGGAGAUCACAUCAGGCGGGACAAGAUUCAUCAGCUAAAUGUGUCGAACGUGGUGAAAAUAGCAUCCGGUUGCGAUUAUUCCUCUGCACUGGCGAUGGACGGUCAGCUGUUCUUCUGGGGAGACAUGAACAAAAACCAAGCCAUCAGCUGGAAGCUUGGCAAUGCGGGCAACACCAGCACACCCACGGUCUGCACACGCUUCAAGCACGUGCUGGACGUGUGCUGUGGAAAUUUUCAAACGUACGUUCUGACCAACGACCUCAAGCUGUACGACAUUAAAUCUUCCUCGGACGAUGCGUGGUUGAGUUACAAAAUCGCACCGCCCGAAUUACACCAGGGCAAGCCGAUCGACGAACACAUUCCCUUUAUGAUGGCGAGCGACAGCUUGCUAGUCGUAAACCAUCUGCCCGUGCGGCAGGAUGUGCUGAAAAUGUACAACAAAGAGCAGGCGACACUGCAAGCACUUUUAAAGCACAUUAAGGAAAUGAAUUCGAAAAAUGGUACGAAACAACGAGCUGCUCAGGGAAGCGAAUCUUCGGCACUGCUCUCCGCAAAGUAUUACUAUCGGCUGUGCACUACGCUGUUUUAUCUGCUGCUGCUGCGAAUGCGGUCCUUUCGAACGUUUCUGGUCCACCAGGAUGUAAGCCGGCUGGUGUCGAUCGUGCUGCAUGACGAGAUCUACCUGCUGUACCAACGCAUCCUCCAGUGCUUUUGUGAUAACGAAUGCUUGAGUUUAAUGAACGCAAGCGAUCAGCAAAUAUUGCAGAUCUAUCUGGACAAUGUGCAGGUGCAGAUCGAUCUGGCGGAGCUUUUGAUAACGAGCGACGCCGGUAGGGCGCUGGACGAACCCACCGAAACGGCCCUGCUCACAAUGAAAUCGGAAUGGUUACGGUUUCUCAACGAGGAGGUGAGUGAGCAGAUGGGUAACGUUACGAAGCAAACCAAAGAGUUUUGGCAGCGGGAAGAGAACGUCCGGUGGCUAACGCUCAAAGAACCGCACCGACGCGUGAUACUGGACUCGAACGAUGUGCCACUGAAGCUGCUGGAUGUGAACAUAUUCUCCUCCUCACCACGGUUCGUGCUUUUCAACGAUGUGUUUUGCUAUUUGUCGGGUCUGCAAGUGGUACAGUACCCGUUGAAGCUCGUCUGGAUAACGACGGAGGUGAGCGACAUGCAGCGCAGCCGGUACAAGGAAAAGCAUCGCUUCAUGAUCACGAUCGUCACGCCGGAAGAGACACUCCGCUGCCAUACGCUAAACGUUGCCGAUAAGAUGCGCUGGCUGGGUGUGUUGAAGGCGCAGGUCCUGCAGUGUCUCGACAAGCAGACGCAUGACAAACAACCCCUGUACCGGUACGUUAAGUACACGUACAGCGAUCGGUACGAACGGCUUGCUGGCUCCCGGUACGAAGGGAUGUGGCUGAUCGGACAGAUGGAUGGGAUAGGAUCGCUAACCGGUACCGAUCGCUCGUAUAGUGGCGAGUUUUACCAUGGAAACAUAACGGGCUACGGGGCCAUGAAUCGAACCGUGUUUGGAAUCUCCACCAUCUAUGAAGGCGAAUUUGUAAAUGGCAAGUACGACGGAUAUGGAAGGUUAAAAACUACCAGCAAUCGCUCCACUCACUACUUCCGGUAUCAGGGAUACUUCAAGGCGGACAAGUACAACGGGUUUGGAACGCUUACCACCAGCGCUUACCAGUACAAUGGAGACUUUGUAAACGACCAAAAGGAAGGUUUCGGCGUAAUUGAGGACAGCCUGAACGGAGUAAAGUAUAUCGGCAUGUUUAUGGGCGAUAAGAAACACGGUAACGGCAUACUCGUCACGACAAACGGAACGUACUAUGCGGGCUUUUUCGCAAACGACAUACUUACACAUUCCGCCGGCGGGUUGGCCAUUUUCCCGAGCGGGAUCUACUACAAGGGUGAGCUCACGAUCGAUGGCCCGUUCGGGAAGGGUAUGUUCUACUAUCCGGAGCGAGAGAUCGAAUCGGAGCAGUUCGAGCUGGACGAUUCCAACACCAAAAUGGCGGGCCACACGAUGACGGGCAUCUUCGGAGGCACGUGGGCGAGUGUGAAGAUUAGCAAUGCAACGAUGGCGAUGGAGCAAAUUUUCAACAAAGUACCGAUGUUGGAUCUUAAAAUAAAUGCCGAACGGAAGUGGUCGUCGAUAUUUGCCUGCUUUCAUGAAACUUUGUUCGGUACGAGUGAUAUCGUUGCUAUCCGGCGUAUGGACAUUAAGAAGGUGUGGAAUCGGAUAGCCAUCUUUGUGAACCGUGCGAAGCGAAAAGAGCAACUGAAAGCGAACAAUUUCACCGUUGCAAGCUCGGGCGAGCUGGAUGAUCGUGCGGCCGCCCUUAUCUGUCAGUCCGGCUAUCAGAUGCAGAGCGCCUCGAUCGUAUCGUUGCGCUCGAGCCUAUCCGACUCCCGGCUAUCGCUUCACAACGGCUUUGCUUCCUCACCGGCCGGACCUUCCCCACUGACGGUAGCGCCGGAUGCAAUAUCGGUGCAAAGUUUCUCCUCCAUCGCUUCCCGCGGUGAGGAGGACGAAUUUAUGCUCAUCCCGUCUGGGUAUGGUGGGCAGGUGCGAAACUCGUCCCCCUUUCGUGAUCUCGACUUCAUUCCAAACUUUUGCAUUACCUCCGUCGAUCGCGAGGGUUUGGAGUUGCUGCGAAGCUACCUCACCGAUGCCUUUCAGAGUGUGUACCAUCCGCUGCACGGGCUGUUUGAGAAGCUGUCGAACUGUUUCUACUCGACGUACAGCUGCUGGAAGUACACGCCCCACUCGAUACUGUGCGAACCUGCCAUGAACGAGUGGAUUUCGAUCGUUAGCCGUAUCUACACCCUGGUGCUUACCGUCAUGUUUCCUGCACUGCCCAAGGACUCCAUCGUGAUUGACGAGGAGCUCGUGUCCUACCAAAGCCUUCUGUACCCGAUACUCAUGACGCAGGGCAUCUACUCCGCCCUGUUCGUGCUGUACGCGAGCAAGUGUAGCAAAAACGAUGAGAUCUACCGUCAGCGGAUAUUAAUAUGCAUGAAAAAGACUGAUGAAAAUUUGAUUCAGCUGCUUGACAUCAAUCGCGAACUUGUACCUAUUAUCAAACACGAAAAGUAUCAGCAAGCAAUCGAAAGCCUGAACCGCUUCCGGGAAAAGUGUUGCCCGAGCGAAAUGAUAAAGCAUAUCAACGACGCGUUUACGCUGGUCGACCAGGCGUGCAAAGAGCAAGAAGUCCGCAUGGAUGUGGCGGCCGAUAACCUGCUGGAGCUGAUCAUAUGGCUCAUAAUCAAGGCAAACCUUCCGCAGCUCGGCGCCGAAAUAAGUCUACUCGAGGACCUGAUGCAGAACGACUACGGUAUUAGCUAUCGCAACACGCAGAACGACUAUUGUCUGAUCACGCUCAAGGCGUCCUAUCAACACAUAAUUAGUGACAAUUUUUUCGUCAACAAAACAUUCGAUCCGACCGGUACCGGCGCCUAAACGGGGCCAACAGCUGGCACGGCCGGAUGCAAACGUACCGCACUUAACCGUGUUCGAAUGGUUUAAAAAAAAACGCGUGUGUCCAGUUUUCCAGGGGGAGGGAUGGUUAGAAGCUGUAGAGUUCUGUUAUUCCAUUUGAAAAAAUAUAUAUAAUUAGAAAUUGGUCCUGUACUGUACGGACGCUUCGUUGAA